CGAGUCUCUGACAUCAGCGCCAGGGGACGAGCGAGUCUUGACAGGAAAUCUCCACAUUCGAUUCCCAUUUGUUCGGGAACUAAAGAUGGCGUUCCGCUCUUGAAUCAGUGGGAAUUUGGGUCAGCCCCGAUGCAGCUCUUGUGGACCGCGGGAUGCGCCGUCCCACAUUGGACCCUGGUCGUCCCUUGCCAAAACAGGAAACGGCGUAAUAUCCACCCUGCUCACCGCCAGAUCUUGUCGAAUUGAUGCGCUUCGGCUGGGUGGAAGAAUUUGGCGUGAUUCACGGCAAAAGAGGAGACAGUAAAUUUUUUCUCGAGCGGCGCGUCUCUCGAAAAGGAGGCGCGUCCAUACCACCAUACAUACCUUUGUUACCCGAGGUCGAAUUAGCCCCAAGUCAGCGGAUCCAGAGGGCCGGGGUUCGUCGCUUGGGCAAAAUGCCCUUCUCAUUCCCGACGCAGUCCGGGCCGGCAUUUCGGUCCCAGAAUGUCGGGCUGAGUCUUCUUGAGUUUGCUGUGGAAGCGGUAAGACCUGAAGUGGAAAUAAUGGGGCUUAGGCAGCAGCUGUCAUUCUUUGGCCUCGUUGUGCCGAUCAAGGAGAUCCUCCCGACUGCUGCUGUUUCAUUGCUUCGAGCAUCUAGGAACAUAUAUACGCAGUACAUGUUUGAUUCGAUUCAGCCCUGCCAACCUACACUAGACCGAAGUCUGACUGGACACAAAAUGCAGUUGACCAGGAGUCCCAUGUCGUCGAGUUCAUUACGUAGUGCCCUACCGGAAAGGGCGUCGUUCGCAGUUGUUCCUAGAGUGCUUGAGAAGAGUCAACGGCUUAUUACUGUGGUAAAAAAAAAGGGCUAAUAUUAUGGCUUGCGACUCUUCAUUUCGCGUUCUGCUAAAAUACCAAAAGUGAUGACGCAAGUCGCCCGGGUUAUUUGGACCGUAUUGGACGAUCGACUCAUACACGGUAGGGUUCCAGAACAUUUGUGUCACGGGGAUCAAGGAUUCAAGAUCGUGUAUCAAAACUGCUAAGAAUACCAUCAUUGCUUGUUUCAAGUCAACUCUAAUAACUCCGUUACAAGUACGUCUUGGAGUAGUUGCCAUCAU